AUGGACAAAAAUUCUUCGAAGCGCCGCAAACUUCACCAGAGUACUUUGAAUACUUUCCUCCCAAUGCAAAUUUCGAAGGGUGAAGGGAAAGAAGUUCAAACAAUGGCAAGUUUUGGUCGACACAUAAAACACUUUGCCAUGUCCUUCGAAGUUGACAUUGUAAAGUUGACCAAUCCUCCUGUAAAGCAUGACCAUGAUACGAUCACAACCUUCUGGGGUUCCUACAAAUGGCCGUUCCAAAAUUAUAAUAGAUAUGCACUGUUGGAAGGUCUUGAGCAGAAAGCUGACGAGACUCGGACCAUGACGAAAGCCUUUCAAUUCAUUGUAUCAGCUGAAGAACUUGGUCUUUCCAUUGAUGGGGGAUUGGGAUGGUUAGCUGGGCCAGACAUUAAUCAAAAGGUGGUUCAGCGUGGUGAAAAACCUGUGGUUUUUGGAUCAUCGAGAUUCGAGCCAGAGCCAGAGCCUAAGCAAAAGACAAGCGCACGACUUGCCCGAAAUUAUCAAUCAAGUCGCACAGAGCUUCCGACCGGAACACGUACAAUCAUUCAACGAAUGCUGCAGGAAGUAGGUUAUCGCAGGAAUCAAUCGGAUCAGUCUCGAGAUAGUGCUCAGUCCGACCAAGGUCGGGCGGAUGCGGGUGCGCAGGAAGGACCAGGCCGUGUUGCACCCCCAAUUAUCUACAGGGACUUUGAAGAAAACAUUGCUCACGAUGAUGAAGAUAAUGCAAGAUUUAACGAUGAGGGUGGAAUUUCAUCCGAGGCAGAGGAAGAUGGACGUCAAGGCGAAAACGUCCGAUCUACCUUACCUAAUAUCAAUGAUGAGAUGUUGAGCACCGUUCACAACGACAUUGGAGAGGAUAACGGCGACAUGGGCGAUUCGACUCGUGAAAUUAGGAAAAAGCCCAGUCCUAACCCUAAUCCUCUCAAGCCAAACGAACUCACCAGCGCACAAAAGGAAAUGCUACUUGAACUCGCAUGGGCUCAACAAGCAUUCAUGCAAACCUUUACUAUUGCUGUCAUUGAUAGUCCAAUCACGUUUGCCAAUGUUAAGAAGCUUACCAUUGCACGCUUGCCCAACACACACUUGCCAAACCUCGUCCGCGAAGAUUUCUGGAACAGCCUACCAAACCUGAGUUUGCUAUCGCUAGGUAUAAUUCCUGAUUGGCGUGAACUUAUUAAGCUCCCUACCAGUUGGGUUCAGGAUAACAGGCUACCUCCAUCUAGGGCCGUCACUGGUGUUUUUCAACUCCUUUUCAAGCAAAUAUCCAAACGUCAGAAUAUUGAGUCACUACACUUUGAAUGGAUAUGUGGUGGAGAGUAUGCGCCUGGACUCUUCUGCCGAAACCAGCAUGUACUCGCUGCUCCUGUAGUAUCCGAGUCCAUUAACAUGGUUAGCAGAGUUCAAGAGAGGGAGAUCUUGUCUCUACCUUUUAUCAAGUAUCUGUCAUUGAAGAAUUGUUGGUUCAGUCCUCACAUUUUUACUCGGUUCAUCAGAGAGCUCAAGCAACGCAGCCUUCAACAUUUGACACUCGAUUCGGUUUCAUUGACUGCAUUUAUUCGCCCCGGGCUGCACCCAAUGCCUCAUGCAAAUAAUGCCAUGCAGCCGCAAAAUGCUUUGGCACAAGCUGUGGCAGCAAAUAUGGGUAUUCAUAAUCACCUUGUUGGACAUCCUGCUUGGGCUCAACCCCCCGCACUUGGUCUUGCAGGCCCGCCAGCAAUCCCGAUGCCAGUAGUUAUUACCAGUCCGAAUACUCAACCGGCAUGGCUUAAUCAACCACGCAAUGGCUCCUGGGCUCAUGUUAUCGAUCUCUUGACUCCCGGGGAGAGACUGGCGGAUUUGCGUUAUGCUAGGGGAUUUAGUGAGGAGCCUGAACCUAAGACUCAAAAUGGUCUCAAAGAGCUCAUUUUCAAGUCUUGUGGAUAUGUCCGACUUCCCCUCGACUUUAAUCAAUCUGCAUUCAAUGACGGCCCCCGAGGAGCUACACCUUUCGGGAUCACAAAGAGAAUAAAUGACUACGAAAGCGUCAUGCAGGGACUUAAGUAA